GUGAAAGUGACCUAAAAUCUCUCAAAGGUGCCGACUAUCAGAACAUUCCUGCAUCGUUCCUGUUUGAACCAGGUUCUUCUCAUCAGUAUGUGGUGUACGAUAGUUUUGUCCAGUCACUAUGGUCAUCAUGAGUAUCACCACCACCAUCCUCAUCCUUAUCACUUCGGCUACGACAUCAAGGAUCACCAUGGAUCACAAUACAGGAAGGAGCAUGGUGACGGCCAUGGUCGUGUCCAAGGAAGCUACGGCUUCACUGAUCACAGGGGAGUUCAUCGGGAGGUGCACCGCCGAUCACCACGGAUUUCGAGCUGAGGUGAAAACAAAUGAACCAGGAACAGCCAAUCAGAAUCCAGCGAAUGUUCAUCUUCAUUCCAGUGCCUAUCACAAUCACCACCAUUAUGAUGGUGGCCAUCAUCAUGGAUAUCAUCACUGAGAAUUUGCAUAAACUGUUAAACUUAGGAAGUAAUUUCAAUUAAUGACAAUAUGCAGUUUCAUUAGAACUACGGCAUA